CUUCAUCGACAACGAUUUCUCUUGCAAUUAAUUUCGUGACAUGUUUCUCAAGAGGAAGCAUCUUGCUACGUUCGUGGCGACAAUUUCCAUCGUCGUUGCGUACGCGUUCGCCAACGAGGAGGUCCUAGUGUUAGAAGAUGGACCGGUACAGACGUCGAACAUCAAAUGGACAGGUGGAUCGUUCGAGUGGCCAUGUCCCACAACGAAAAAUAUGUUCAAGAAUAGCGGACGAUACAAUUCGAAGAACAUCAUCGCCACCAGGACUGCCAUCUACAAAGACGACGCCAUUGUGGCGCUACCCAGAUUCAAGCCUGGAGUACCAGCGACCCUGGCGAAAAUUUCCCUGAAGGACCCAGCUUGCCAGGCAAACCUGGUUCCCUAUCCUUGUUGGUCAGUCCAAGAAGAAGGAACCUGCAGUGCACUGCAAAACGCAGUCGAUCUUUACCUGGAUCCACAAAAUAUCCUUUGGGUGCUUGACACCGGAGUGGUGAACACAUUAACGGAGCCAGAGAGGAAAUGUCCACCGAAGGUCCUUGCCUUUAACGUCAUGACAGGAAAGCUGGUGAAGACAGUGGAAUUGGCCGGGCUAACCAGUCCGAUGUCGCGUCUCCAAUACGUGGUCUCGGACUACAGCCCGGACGGACGGGUGUUCAUCUACGUGUCCGACGCUGCCACAAGAGCGAUCCUUGUCUACGAUGUCACGUCCGGCCGCGGUUAUCGCGUCGUCUUGCCACAGGCCGUCACCAUUGGCUGCACGCGCCGGGACGUUUUGUACCUAGGCCUUCUCCGACGUUCCGACGGAAGCACGUGCUUGGUCUUCACCUACUUGAGCGGCAGCCGUUUAUUCUCCGUUCGAACGGAGCACUUGCGAAAUGGCUCCGCAAACGGGCGUAUCCACGAUCUUGGACCGAAACCGAGGAAAAUGGUAAUUUUGGGCACGGACAAUGGCAGCGCUCUGUUCUUCCGUUACGAGGGGGAAUCGGACGUGUACAGAUGGGACGCCACAAAUCCGUUCGACGCCCAAUGCUUCCAAUUGGUCUACACAAGCACCGAGUGCUCCCUUGCUACUCAUGUCGUCGCCGAUUACAGGCGAGGCAGAAUGCGCGUGCUCGAAUCGAACUUUCCCGAUUACAUGCAGGGAACCGUUGGAUGCGGGGCUGAUCAAGCACUCAGUCUUAUGUAAUUAAUAGAUCGACGAUGGUGUGUUGUUUGCGUGACGAUAAAAGUGAUUUUUGG